AUUUACAGUUGCAUCCUCAAGUUAUGGCUGCUUGAUUUUAUCCACAAACACUGCUUCAUAAAUUUCUUCUUCUUAAUUAUUUUUUAAUCAACACUAUGGCUGCUAAUUUAGAACCAGAUCAUCAACAACAUGCUGCUGCUGCUGCUUCUGUAGUAGCUAAUAAUAAUAAUAAUAAUAAUAAUAAAACAAUUGCAGAUUUUGAUCCUCCUAAAAAACCUAAAAAAAAUAGAUUUGCUCUUGCUUGUGCUAUCUUGGCUUCCAUGACUUCUAUCUUACUUGGCUAUGAUAUUGGGGUAAUGAGUGGAGCUGCAAAGUACAUACAAGAAGAAUUCAAACUCUCUGAUUUCAGAAUAGCAGUGUUGGUGGGAACACUCAACAUUUACUCACUAGUUGGCUCCGCCGCAGCUGGCCGGACCUCUGACUGGAUUGGCCGUCGGUAUACCAUAGUGGUGGCGGGAGCUAUUUUCUUUGUCGGAGCACUUCUGAUGGGAUUUGCUACAAGCUAUGCUUUUCUGAUGGUUGGCCGUUUCGUCGCCGGAGUUGGCGUCGGCUACGCUCUUAUGAUAGCUCCGGUUUAUACUGCAGAAGUGUCUCCGGCUUCUUCUCGUGGUUUCCUCACCUCAUUCCCUGAAGUGUUUAUUAACGCGGGAAUAUUACUAGGAUACGUAUCAAACUACGGAUUCUCCAAGCUCCCACGACACUUAGGAUGGAGAUUCAUGCUCGGAGUCGGUGCAAUUCCGUCAGUAAUCCUCGCCGUCAUCGUCCUCGCUAUGCCGGAAUCCCCACGGUGGCUAGUCCUACAAGGCAGGCUCGGCGACGCAAAGAAAGUCCUCGACAAAACCUCCGACUCACCGGAGGAAUCCCAAGCCAGACUCUCCGAGAUCAAACAAGCCGCCGGAAUUCCACAAGAUUGCAACGACGACAUAGUUCAAGUCCAAAAAGGAUCGCACGGUGAAGGUGUAUGGAGAGAGUUACUCAUUCAUCCUACACCGUCCGUUCGUCACAUCUUAAUCUGUGCGAUUGGUAUUCAUUUUUUUCAACAAGCGUCGGGUAUAGACGCCGUCGUUUUAUACAGUCCACGUAUUUUCGAAAAGGCUGGGAUCACCUCAGAUAAUGACCAGUUACUCGCGACUGUAGCCGUUGGAUUUGUUAAGACUAUCUUCAUCUUAGUGGCCACAUUUUUACUCGAUCGGAUCGGACGGCGGCCGUUGCUUUUGAGUAGUGUAGGCGGGAUGAUUGUUUCAUUAGCAACCCUUGGAUUUUCGUUGACUAUUAUUGACCAUUCAGAUGAGAAGAUUAAGUGGGCCGUGGCGUUAUGUAUAGCCAUGGUGUUAGCCUACGUGGCGUUUUUUUCAAUUGGUAUGGGGCCCAUCACGUGGGUUUACAGCUCAGAGAUUUUUCCGUUGAGGCUACGCGCGCAGGGUGCGAGUAUGGGAGUGGCGGUGAAUAGAGUGACGAGCGGGGUAAUAUCGACUACUUUUAUUUCGUUGUAUAAAGGGAUAACUAUCGGCGGCGCGUUUUUCUUGUUCGCCGCCGUUGCGUCGGUUGCUUGGACUUUCUUCUUUGUGUGUCUGCCGGAGACGCAAGGGAGGACUUUGGAGGAUAUGGAGGUGCUUUUUGGUCAUUUUGUAAAGUGGAGAUCUGCAUUGAAAGAUGAAAAUUUGAAGAAGCAGCAAAAUAAUGGUGAAAAAAAUGGUCAAAUUCAGAUGGGUAAUGGUGGUGCUACUAAUACUACUGUAGCUUAGGGAAGGGUACUUUGGUAAAAUUGUCUACUUCAAAUGUUAGAUUAGUGUGGCUGUUAAUUUUUCUCUUUUUGUUUUUUGUGUACAUGGCCCUCUUCUUUUUGGGCAAGUAAUGGUUUUCUUAAGGUGAAAAAAUGGAAGGUUUUGUGUGGAAGAGAAAAAGGGAAAAAUAACAAAAAUUAAUUAGAAUUAUGAAAAAGAAUAUAAAAUAUUUCAUCAA